CGUGUUGCGGCGCCGACAAAGUGCACGCGUAUACUGCUCCUGUUUCCCUCGGUCAGUGCCGGCAGGUGGUGGGUGUGUACGGAACGUUUUCGGUCUCCCGGUCUUCUGGGCACGCAGGAGGAAAGAGGAAGAGGAAGGAUCGGCUCGAGUUCUCUCACUGCCGCGUGAGCACCAGUCAUGGGCGGAUAUGCAUGGGUUACACUGGCUACGAAUGAUGCCUAUUCUUUGGGAGCAUUGGUCUUGGCGCAUUCUUUACGUCGAGUCGGCACCAAGUACGAGCUGGCCUGUCUGGUCACUCCUGGAGUUACGGCGACCAUGAGGGAAAAAUUGGCUGCAGUAUUUUCCUUUGUACAGGAAGUCAAUGUUCUCGACUCGAAAGACGAAGCAAAUCUGGCCUUGUUGGCUAGACCAGAAUUGGGCAUCACUUUUACUAAGUUACAUUGUUGGAGGCUAACUCAAUACGAGAAGUGUGUAUUUGUUGAUGCAGAUGCGCUUGUCGUACGAAAUUGCGAUGAGUUAUUCGAACGGGAGGAACUAUCGGCAGCGCCCGAUGUCGGCUGGCCUGACUGCUUUAAUUCCGGAGUAUUUGUAUUCAGACCGUCUCAACAAACGUUCGCGUCAAUCACCGCAUUUGCCGCCGCCAAAGGCUCGUUCGACGGCGGUGAUCAAGGUCUAUUGAACAUGUACUUCAGCGACUGGGCCACCAAGGACAUCUCCAAGCAUCUACCGUUUAUCUACAACAUGUGUUCUACCGCGAUGUACUCUUAUCUCCCCGCAUUUAAACAAUUCGGCGACGACGUGAGAAUAAUACACUUUAUCGGCAUAACGAAACCGUGGUUACAGUAUUUCGAUACCCUGUCCGGUACCGUCCAGCCAGCAUCAGAAUCGACGCAUUUGCAACCGCUGUUGCAACUAUGGUGGAACAUAUUUUGCGAGCGAGUGCAUCCUCAACUGUCGCCUUCCAUGGCCACCAGCACAUUGGCUCCAAUUUGGCACGCAUUUAAUCCUCUUUCCCAUGUUCCCCCUUUCCCCGAGAUCUCCGAUUACUCCGACGCGACAAACCGCGAUACGUACAGCUCUCGGGCGCCGGAUUUCUCUGAAUUUAAAGAUCCAUGGGAAAAUUAUUCCUCGGGGAAUGAUUCAUUUCCGACUGAUAAUAACGCGCCGAGUGGCAAUGACGAAAAUUGUCAUUGCGGUAUUAAAUAUGAGAGAGAGGCGGAUGGUGUUCGUCAGAGUGACGAUCACAGUGCAUCCCAAUUCGCACAUAAUCAACAGUUUUAUUACGAGCAACAGCAUCCCUCUUGCACGCCUGUACAAACGUAUGAUCAACAUCAAGAUCAUGCAAUUUCUUAUCCUGAAGAGAAUCGUAAUCAAGAGCACUUUGUGCAGCAUACUGAACAUCAUCAUUGGCAGCAGCACAGCGAGCAAAGACAUCAUGUUGAACAGCAUAACGAACAGAGACAUCAUCAUGAGCAACACCAGCAUCACGAGCAGCAACAUCACGAUGAACGAAGACAAUAUAGCGAGCAUUACCAACAGUUUCAUCAGCAUGAUUGUCACAGAAAUAAAGCGGAUGAAUAUCAUUAUCAUCAUCAUCAUCAUCAUCAUCAUCAAUCGGUUCAGGAACUGCAGUCUGUUCAAGUGAGGCACGAGAAUCACGCGCAACAUUACGCCAAUUAUCAUCAAAGUACAGAACAUCUGAGUCAUAUUGUUUCCCACAACGAGUCUCACGCGCAGCAGCGUAUUACUAAUCAAGAUGAUAACGUCGCAUCUCAUUAUUGCCAAUGCAAUGAAAAGAAUAGCGAGCAGGCGUCGGAAGCUGCGAAUAAGCAGACAGAUACGCGGAGAAUCGAUUUCCUUUCUCCCUCUCCUCCUGCACCUUGUACAGAUCUCCACAAUGUAGCCACGCGAUCUGACCCGAAUGUAAUGGAACAUCUAGACAAUGCAAAUGCGGGUAUCGCUGGUGCCUUGGCUCAAAUCACGUUGGGCGCAGCGAGGAGUGCCGAGCAGGUAGCCCUGGAGGAGCACAUGAGGAAGCAAAGCUGGGAACAAGGACAGAUCGAUUACAUGGGCCGCGACAGCUUCGAUAAUAUAUGGAAGAAGAUCUGUGAAACGCUUUCCUUUGCGCCGCAACGGCAACCAACUCCACCUAAAGAAGAUACCGCUACUUUGGAAACUGCUGUAAAAGAAACUGUUGGUGCGCCUGUAGACGAAGUGAAUAAACUAGCUGUUGAAACGGAUAAGGAUCCAACGCAAUCUCUAGUAUGCGAAAUUCCUAAAGAGGAGAAGCUUUCAGCGACGCAAAGCCCUGAACAGAAAGCAUCUGAGUUAUUUUCCGAGAAGAACGUAACGAUAGAAGCUGCUGCAACGAAAGUACCUGGCGAACCGGUGCAACUGCCGGCAGACGUUUGUAUAAAAUCGACAACAAUGGAAGCGAAGGAUGUAAAAUCACACGAUGUCUGUACUGAAGUGCCUUUGUCGCAGUUGCUGGCAGAAUGUCCGCUUCCCGCAAGGACAAUUGCCGAACAAUGCGAGCUUGUGAGUCCACAGACGACGCAGGAGACGCCGCCUCAAAGCGGAAGUCUUCUCCCCGAGGCGGAAAAACCACAACAAGCUGAUUCACAAACAUUUCCGAUGAUCUGCAAAUUUCCGCAAGAACCAGUUACGCCUAUUAAGCAAACUACCGAGUUAACGCCUAUCGAAGCCAAGCCCCCAGUUUUCGCUGCUCAAGACGCAACACAACCCGCAGCUUCGAUUAGCAUGGAUAGUUCACAAGAUACUAUAACGUCUCCCGUAGUAAGCAAAGCGUCAGUAGAAGACACCGCAAAACGCGUAAUUGAUUCCGCACCUGCUGUAACACAGCCACUCACCGUAGAUCCAGGCGAGCAGCACGCAGAGAUGCUGUUGGCGGCUUCUGAGGUCUCCACUGUGAGUCCUGUGCCUAUUCAGGUGGCGGAAUCGGUUCUCCAGGCCGAGCCCAAGGAGUCCGUGUUGGGUGCGGCCAUAAUUGUAAGUGAUCAAGCAAUCGCCACGACGAUCACGGCCGUGCACGAAUCCACUGAUGUCGCUUCCGUGCCGACCCCGAUGCAGCCUGUUCAAUUGAAUGGAUCCGCCUGUGAAGUUCAGAGACGCGACGAUGUCACGACAUCUGCGAUACUAAUACCCAGUUCGGGAAAGACUGAUGCUCCUCUCGAAGCGGCCAAGGAAUCAGCAAGCGAUUUGGUUACAAGGAAGGAUAUACCAUUAGAGGCACCGCCGGCUAUUGAAGAAAAAAUAUUAACUAGUAGCAGCGUGGUGCCCGAAAUAUCGCCCGCGGAAAAAUUAGCGGAACAGAUUGUAACGAAGACAGAAGUAGUAGAACCGAAAGCUUCUGAACAGACUGCGAAAACCGAGACGGAGCAGACAAAGCCGGAACAAAUUCCGAAGACGGAAACUGAAAAAGUGAAACCUCCGGAGCAGAUUACAAAGAUAGAAGCUACGGAAGAAAAGCCAGAGCAGGUUGCGAAAGCCGAAACGACAGAAGUGGUUGUGAAACAAGCGGAAACAAUUGUGCAAACUGAAACGACAGCAACGUCUGCUGAACAGGUAGAAGUAGCGGAAGCGGCAGAAUUGCCGAGUGAAAUUCCGGAGUCACCGAUUGCUGAACUAACGGAAGAACCCAUUGAAGCGAAACCACCAAACAUCCCAUCGACGCCGACAGUGAUUGAAGCUACACCGCCGAUCAGUCCGUCCGUGGAGAGUGCGCAGGAAAUGGAGGAGGCAGCAGCCGCAAAGAAAACCCUGAAGAAAUCCGACUCAACGGACGAGAAGGGUGCAAAGAAGAUGGUGAAGAAGGUGACGAAAAAACCGAAAACGAAAUCCGAGGAGGCGACGGCGCCCUCAGCCGCGACGGAGGGCGCCGCUGCCGCCGCGGCGGACAAUUCACAGAACAAGUCCGCAAAGAAAACCGUGAAGACAACGAAGAAGACUGGUGGCGCGAAGGCCCUGGAGACCGACACGAGUGUGCCGGAAACACCGCCGCCGCCAGCAACCCCAACCAGCGCCGACGUGCCUGUUCCGCCAAAACGGAAGACGAAGGGCCCGAACUCGAAGGGAACCGGCAAGAAGCCUGAGACGGAAGAGUAACAGUAUGGUUGAUCCAAAUCGACAAUAACGGUCUCGAAAAACGUGGGAGUCUGAGAGACUAGAAGAGGAGGAAGAUCCUUUGAAAAUUCAAGCAAUACAUCGAGGUUCUAUGAGAAUUUUAAUCCUUUCGAGAAGACUAAGUAUUUUCGCGCACGAUCUUUUCUUUUACAAUUUUCUUAAGAUUUGUUGAUCAGCGAUAUUUGUUAUCUCUGUAAAACGUUGUAGACACAAAGAUUGUUGUGACACAAUCCGAAUGUCGUCUCGAAAGAAUUAAAAAGCGCGUUAGAAAAUCACAUUCGCUAGUCUGUUACGGUUUCUUUUCUCUUAUAUAUAUAUAUAUAUAUACUUUUGAUAUAUAUCUCGCGAGAGUUUCUAUAUCGUCGUUAAGCUUCGAUACCGCGUUCACCGCGUAUCGAGCGAUAUCGAGAGUUUAAUCGUCCAAAUAAUUCGUAUUUAUACGAGCCGCAUUACCCCAUUGUCCUUUUCUUUUUUUUUUUUUUAAAUUAACGAUGUACUCUUUUCUCCCCUGGUUUGUUCCUAUCUUUUUAGAUUGUACUCGUUGUAAUUACCAUCUCCUCGAGCUAACGAAUCUCGCUCGAGCAACGCGAGCUCGAGUGUCUUACGCGAGCAAUUUUAUAAUUUGUUUAUUCACUUUAAUGAAUCUGAUGGAGCGGGUCGCAGGGAAAAGAGCAGGGAAUCAUCAGCUGUGAUUGAUUGUGUUGUGUGGAGGAAGCCACGUUUUUUCGGAUUCAUGCAAAUUGAGUAUCAGGAUCGUGUACCGCGACCCGUGCAAUCCAACGCUUUUUAUAUCGAUGAGAUUAUCAAGAGAGAGAGAGAAAGAGAGAGAGAGAGAGAGAGAAAGGGAGAGCAACGCUAAUUUAUUAUACAACGAGAGCAAUAUAAGCAAUACAAUGCUGCAAAAAUGCAGUCGAGAUAUUAUAUGAGAAAUCUGAGCAGUUCAUCUUUUUGUAUACUCAUAUAUAUUAUAUAUAUUAUACAUUAAAUUAUAUUUUUCAGUGUGUAUUUUUACUCUGUCUUGUUGAUAUUUCUAAAAAGAAAGAUAUUUCAUCUUUUCCACACAUCAUGUAUGUACAAAUAACAAAUUUCUUACUCUAAUUUAGGUUUAAGCAGAUCAAAGCAGGUUCUUUCAAAAUAUAUGAAAUACUCUCAAUUUUUCGAAAGAACUACGCAACUCGCUGCAACGUAACACAUAACGUAAUUCAAAACUUUUUAAUAAUGAAGAAAACCUCUGCCAAUUUGUUCGCAGAAAAUAAAUUUGUAAGAGAUAUCCAAAGACGCAGUGUAAGAUUUGUAACAAAAUUAAUUGCCAAUAAACCACGUGUCGUUAAUGAAAAA